UAUUUUUUGUAUACCAUGGCAAGUCCGACCACGGAGCAAGGAUGCUUUUCGGACGUGAAAAAGGUGGGUUAUUUAAGGAAACCCAAAAGCAUGCACAAAAGGUUUUUUGUACUGAGGGUGGCGAGCGCCUCCAGACCGUCCCGAUUGGAGUACUACGAAAACGAGAAGAAGUGGAGACACAAGUCUGGAGCACCGAAAAAGUCCAUUCCGCUGGAGAGCUGCUUUAACAUCAACAAAAGAGCGGAUUCUAAAAACAAACAUCUCGUCGCUCUUUAUACCAAGGAUGAAUAUUUUGCCAUUGCUGCUGACAGCGAGGUAGAGCAGGAGUCAUGGUAUCAAGCCCUGGUUGAUCUUCAUAACAGAGGUAAGGUCUACGAAACUGCUGCGAGCCAUGGAGAUGGCGAGGAUAAUUACAGCGAAGCCACGCCGGGACCUGCCUUCAAAGAGGUCUGGCAGGUUAUUUUGAAACCAAAGGGUCUGGGUCACACUAAGAACUUGAUAGGUGUUUACAGAUUAUGCCUCACCAAUAAGACUAUCAGUUUUGUGAAACUCAAUUCUGAUGCAGCCGCUGUGGUCCUGCAGUUAAUGAACAUUAGGAGAUGUGGUCACUCUGAAAAUUUCUUUUUCAUUGAAGUUGGGAGAUCUGCCGUUACCGGGCCUGGGGAGUUUUGGAUGCAAGUGGAUGACUCGGUUGUGGCUCAGAACAUGCAUGAAACCAUAUUAGAAGCCAUGAAAGCCAUGAGUGAGGAGUUCAGGCCACGCAGCAAAAGUCAAUCAUCUUCCAACUGCUCAAACCCUAUCUCAGUGCCUGUCAGGAGGCAUCAUAACAACAAUCCUCCCCCCAGUCAAGUUGGCUUAGGCAGACGCUCUCGGGCAGAGAGUGUGACGACCACUUCUCCUGUUAGACCUGGCAAACACAGCCAUUCAUUCAGAGUGAGAGCGUCCAGUGAUGGGGAGGGCACCAUGUCCAGACCGGCAUCUGUUGAUGGCAGUCCGAGCACAGCCCGACCUCAGUCGCAGCGACACAGGGGUGGAUCCAGACUUCACCCGCCACUCAAUCACAGCAGAUCAAUCCCUACGCCCACUUCACGGUGCUCCCCCUCAGCCAUCAGCCCCAUCAGCCUGUCAUCCAGCAGCACCAGCGGCCACGGAUCCACAUCUGACUGCCUCUUUCCACGCCGCUCUAGUGCCUCCAUAUCUGGAUCACCAAGUGAUGGCGGUUUCAUCUCCUCAGAUGAAUAUGGAUCUAGCCCCUGCGACUUUCGGAGCUCCUUCCGUAGCGUGACUCCAGACUCACUUGGCCACACGCCUCCUGCCAGGGAGGAGGAGAUAAACAACUACAUCUGCAUGGCCAAGCCUGGUUCUCUUCCUGGCACUGGGAGCCAAUUGCAAAGUCAAUCCAGGGGAACGGCAUCAAGACUGGAGGAGCCCGAGCUGGAGAAAUGUUUCCGGAAGCGAACGCAUUCUUCUGGUGCAUCACCGCCAAUGCCAUGCCAUCAAAAGAGUCCCUCACAAUCAUCUGCUACAUCACUAGAGGAAUAUACUGUAAUGAUGCCCACAUACCCAAGAAGCCACUCUGGAUCAUCAUCGUCGUCAACCCACAGGCACUCCUUCAUGCCUACACAUUCAUACCCAGAGGAAAGUAUAGACACCUCACAAGCUAAAAACCACAGUAGACCAGAUCUCAAAGAUGACGGAUACAUGCCCAUGUUGCCAGGCAUUGUGCCUGCGACUACAACAUUGAAAAGCAGUGACUACAUGCCCAUGAGUCCAAAAAGUGUGUCUGCACCACAACAAAUUAUCAACCCCCGGCAACACUCACAUGUUGACUCUAAUGGUUACAUGAUGAUGUCACCAAGUGGCAGCUGCUCUCCAGAUGGCACAACAAACUAUGGCAAGAUCUGGACUAAUGGCAUCAACCCUAAGCUCUCCAUAGAGAGUAUGGAAGGUAAAGUGUCAUCUUGUGGAGACUACAUAAACAUGUCCUCAGCUAGUUGUUCAACGACCAGUACACCUCCAGACUGCUUUUUCAACCCUGUAGAAGAUCCUCCCAGGCCAAUGUACGCUUACUUCUCUUUGCCCCGUUCCUUCAAACAUCCCAACAGAAAGCAGGACCAGAGCUCUCUUCGGAUAUCACUACGCUCGAGUCGAUUGGCAUAUGCAGACUCUUCCUCGUCUUCAGCAAGCAGCGACAGCUUGGGUGGUCAAGGCAACUCGCAGCAGUCUGCUGUCAAACCCAAAAGGUUAGAGGGCAACGGGAGGCUGACACGUCCAACACGGCUGUCACUGGACACCAGCAAAGCAAGUACUCUUCCACGAACACGUGAGAGUCCCUUUCCCGCUGAGCCCAAAAGUCCUGGCGAGUAUGUCAACAUUGAAUUCAAUGACAAGGUGUUUUCGGCGAGCUUAGCAUCGCUGUUCCCACCUGGGUUUUCUGGAAGUGAUGCUGAGGCCUCAUCAGACCUUUCAUCAUCCGAGUACAUGAACAUGCAGCUGGGGUUGCAGACAGGGCGUUUGUGCCCAGAAAUGCAGAUUUCCACUUCCUGUUCAGACUAUGCCAUAAUCACUCCAUCAAACUCUGUAUCCUCCCCUCCACUGCCCUGUGAGAGUACAUGUGACCAUGACUACAUUAGCAUGCAGUUAGCAUCCUGCACUAGCUUUCCUGAUACUCAAAUGAUGCUGAUGACCAAGGACUUGCCAGAUGGAGAUGAUGCCCCUUCUUGUUCUGUAUCACCCAAUCAUGAUGUGACUGCGUUAAGUGGUGCCCCAGGGAGAUCGUCUCUGAUCGGCCCUUUGUCAGGGCUUAGUGCAUUCACACGUGUAAACUCCAAUUCUGGGCGAAACCAAGGGGCUAAAGUAAUCCGGGCUGACCCACAGGGUCGACGGCGACACAGUUCAGAAACAUUUGCUUCCACAACAACCAGAGGGUCAGCUGACACAUUGGCCACCUGUCAGUCAGGUGAAGUAAAGCGCCACAGCUCAGCCUCUUUCGAGAACGUGUGGUUAAGACCUGGUGAGGCCUCUGCUACUUCUAUCACUCCUCCUGCAUCUACAGUAACCAAUGGACGAAGGGAAACCUCUUCAGGCACAAUUCCCACAUUAACAAACCAUGACCAGAACGGCCUGAACUACAUUGAUCUGGACCUAGUGCAGAAUGGAGAGCAGCAUGUUCCAGACUGGAAUGCGUUCCAAUCUCGCCCAGUGGAGCUGGGAGCUGUCGAAGGUAUAGAAGAGCUCAGUGCCUACGCCAGUAUAAACUUCCGGAAAUCGGGUGAGAACAGAGGGAAUCUCACAAGUAGAGAAGGUAAGACCAAGUGUUUGUUUAAGAAUGGUUGAGUAUUGGCAUGUGUG